UGUAAUAAUGAGAUCCUAAUGCUUCCUAUCAAGGCAUUCACAGUACUUAGCUGUGACCAUGUUUUUCAUAGAGAAUGUAUUGAGAAAAUUUUUUUACUUACUCAACAAAACAACUGCCCUAUCAAUAAUUAUACCGCGAUCAUUAAUCCCGUGAUUACUGAAUGGAGAUUUUCGAUGUCCUCUCAAUCAAAAGAGAUGCCAAAUCAAGAAAUAGAUAUGAGUAUGAAUGGAGAAGAAGAAAUGCUGGAGGAAGAUGAUGACA